AUGGGGCCUCCAUCCCCUGCUGCUGCUGCAGCAGCAGCAGCAGCAGCUGCUGCUGUGCCUGAAGCUGCUGCGGAGGCACUGAGACACAACAGCGGCAACGGCGAGCAGCAGCAGCAGCAGCAACAGCAGCAGCAGCAGCAGCAGCAGCAGCAGCAGCAACCAAUGCAGACUGACUCGGAUACGGCGUCUGGCCGCAGCAGGCACAGGAGCAGCAGCAGCAGCAGCAGCAGCAGCAGCAGCAGUUUUCUAGAUAGGGCUUCAGCGUUUGGGCUUAGUGGGCUAGCGCAGCAGCAGCAGCAACAACUGCAGCAGCAGCAGCAACAGCAACAGCAGCAGCGGGCUGCAGCAGCAGAAGAGCCAGUUGACACAUGGGUGGUGUCAGCAGCAGCAGCAGCAGCAGCAGCAAUUGCAGCAGAAGCAGCAGCAGCAGAAACCCAGGAUUCUGCUGCUAAGAGCAGCGUUUUGCUAAACUCUCCAUUUGUGUCUGAAGACGAGCCAAUCGACUUCUGCCGCACAAUAACCCCCACCGCCGUGGGCUCUCUCCAGGUGUACGGACACCUCAAAAGACUAGAGGGGGCCCCACAAGAAGCAGUUCAGCUUUUGCAUGCAGCCACAGCUCUAGACCCCACGUCUGGGGAGUGCUGGAGCCAGCUGGGCUCGGCGUACUUGGAGUUGGGGGAUUUGCUGUCAGCAGCAAAAGCUUUUGCUGCUGCAGCAGCAGCAGCACCAGCAGCAGCAGCAGCAAGAAUUGGCGCGGGCCAAACGCAGGCGCUGCUGCUCAACUGGGCAGCAGCAGAAAGGCAAUACGCAGCAGCUGUCAAGUGCAGGGCGCGGGAAACACCCCCGCGUUGGUGA